CCUUUCUUUUCUCAAUUUGUCAAACAAUGGUUUCCACUCAUCAAUCCCAGCUGAAUUCAACAACCUUUUGCUUCUUUCGGAUCUUGAUCUCCAUUCAAACAAGUUCUCAGGUCACCUUGAUAUAAUUUUCUCCAAGAAAACAGAAGACUCACUUGGCCAUUUCAACUCCAUCGAUGUUUCUAACAACUAUUUCAGUGGUCCUAUUGAUGCCAACAUUGGAGUGAAACCUGCAAUGGAUUCUAUUACAUCACUUAUCCUCUCACACAAUCCAUUGGGAGGAUCAAUACCAAAUUCGUUAGGGAAACUGGGUCAGUUGCAGGUGUUGGAGAUGGAGAAUGAUGGACUGUCAGGGGCUAUACCAGCAGAGCUAGGUAAUGCCAAUGAAUUGACAACAAUUUUGCUUGCAAGGAACAAGCUAAGCGGUGCUAUCCCAGGAAAUCUAUUGAAUUUAACAGGAUUGACUCAGUUUGAUGUUUCAAAUAAUAAUCUAAGUGGCAUGAUUCCUCCACACACAGCCAUUAUCCCCGCAUCUGCAUUCAAGAAUAAUUCUGGUUUGUGUGGUGCUCCUCUUCCUCCUUGCAAGCAUGCUUAACAUAUUUCCUCAUAGAAUUCAAAAUACCUUUUCCUUGGGAUUCACUGUAGGUGAAAGAAACACUCACGUCGAUCCAAAGGAAUUCUUUGCUUCUAUUUCUUGUAAAAUAAAGAGAUGUAUGGUCUCAUUUCAUUAAAAACAUUGUUUGGUG